AUGAUACGCCAUCACGGGCUUGUCGCCUCCAACCAAUCAGAAGCAGACACAUGGGUCCGCAACUACGCAAACGGUAUGAAGUUCCGCUACAUGUCGGUUGGUAACGAGGUGGAACCCCCUGACACAGCUGCGAUAUUUGUCCUCCCUGCGAUGCAGAAUAUCAAGAGAGCUGUUUCAGACCUCGGGAUCAAGGUCUCCACAGCUAUAGACACCAGAGGCCUUAGUGGGUUUCCGCCCUCGACCGGUUCGUUCACAUCGGAUUUUUUGAGACUUUAUUGCGCCGGUGAUAGCUUUCUCGGUACGCAAGAAAUCUCCUCUGCUCGUGAGCAAGUUCAGAUAGGGUCGUGGUGUUGGAGAGCGGUUGGCCGACAGGGGGAGGAACUGCUGCGAAAAUCAAACUGGGUUUCAUUAGAUUUCUCCCUAGAGCUAUAA